AAUCAUAAUUCCUGCUUGACGACUCCCGUGGUGGGUUUUAAAUAGCACUCCCGCUGUCCAGCGGUCAGUGCGAAGGUAGAGCACCAAAGAGCAGGGGCUGCUCAGCUCAGGCAGCGUGGGGACAGCUGCAGAGCAUCUGAGACUCUGGACAAACCGCAUGGGUUCUGGCACCCUUCGGGCGCUCGGUGAUUGAAGGGCACGUGCUGCGUUCCAGGCAUCCCUUGGAUCUGGGAAACUGACUCUUUCCACAGUCUGAAGGACACUCGCAGCUGGGCAGACAUGGACACAAAUUCUGAGUGGCCCCUGAACAGGAGAGGUCCUCCUCCGCCAUGCAAACCCCUGACUGGGACACAAAAUUUCAAGCGAUUUGGCAUCCCGCUCAUUGCCACCAUCCUGAGCAUGGCCACCAUCGUUGUAAUUGCCUUCCUAAUCAAGGCAGUCCUGGAACGCUACUACUUCCUCUGCAGUAAGACAUUCAAGUUCAUCCCCACGCAGCAGCAGUGUGACGGGCGGGAAGACUGCUCCUGGGGCGAGGACGAGGAGACCUGUGUGCAGCAGGUCCCAGAAGGCCCACCCAUGGAAGUCCGCAUUUCCAAAGACAGAUCCACCUUGCAGGUGCUAAACAAAGAGACCGGAGCCUGGUUCUGGGCAUGUCAUGAUAACUUUCAUAUGACCCUGGCAAAAGCAGCCUGCAAGCAAAUGGGCUACAGCAGCGUCCCCGCCUUCAGAGCUGUGGACAUUGCAGACACGCAGGGCCUGCCCCUCAGGGAGGUCACAUUGAACAAUGGGGUCCUCCAAGGGCAAGACUCCGGCAGGCACUGCCUCUCUGGGACCGUCGUUUCACUCGCAUGUGCCACCUGUGGAGAAAGUGUGAGGUCUCCACGUGUGGUUGGUGGGGGCCAGGCCAGGAUCGACGCCUGGCCAUGGCAGGUCAGCUUACAGCACAAAACCCAGCACCUCUGUGGGGGCAGCAUCAUUGACCCGAGGUGGAUUCUCACAGCAGCACAUUGCUUCAAGAACAACCUGGCCCUUCAGAACUGGCGAGUGAAAGCAGGAUCCGAAAUCCUCUCCAACUUCAACACUAUCCCUGUGGAAAAGAUCUUCAUCAUUGACAGUAAUCAUAUGUUUCCCAAAGAUAAUGACAUUGCCCUGGUAAAACUAACGUCUCCAUUAAGUAUUUCAGACACAGUUAAGCCAAUCUGUCUGCCUUUUUUUGAUGAGGAACUGCCCUCACAUGCCCCACUGUGGGUGACAGGCUGGGGCUACACAGAGCAGGAUGGUACAUUGUCCAAGUCUCUGCAGCAGGCCCAGAUCAAACUGAUUGACAGCAACACCUGCAAUGCUCUCGAUGCCUACCAGGGGGACAUCUCAGAUACGAUGAUAUGUGCAGGCCUCAUGGAAGGUGGUGUCGAUACCUGCCAGGGAGACAGCGGCGGCCCCUUGAUGUACAAUCCAGGGCACUGGCAGGUGGUGGGGAUCGUCAGCUGGGGACAUGGCUGUGGCGGACCAAGCACUCCCGGCGUCUACACCAAGGUGCAGGCCUAUCUCAAUUGGAUCUACACCGUCCAGAGGGUCAGCGUCCUUGUCUCUGAAACCAGACACUGAUCAUGAAUGGAUUCCUCCCUGCUGGGCUGGCAAGGGGCAGCUUGUGCCACCCCUAUGCUGUGAGUGCCAGAGGCCAGUUCAGCUCCUGUGACUUGCCCUACACUGUUAUUGCAACAGCACAGAAUGGCCAGGCCACAAACAUUCGCCAGCCAUGCCCGCCAGAAUGCUCCCUGCCUCAGGGCCUGGUGGGGUUCACAUACCGCACCAUGGCUGGGACAGAGGUAGCAAUGGUCCAUGAAGAAUCUGGCUUACACAGCUACAGAACUACAUUGAUGGGAAGUGGCUAGGGCUUCUUGGUGUUUAGUUCCCCAGAAAAAAAAUAUACAUUGCUCCUGGGUGCUGAGCUAAUCAAAAAUCCAAAGCGUUUGCUGCUCCUAGGCUUCCUCAAUACGACGAGUGCCCCUAAGCAGGAGAUCUGGCUUCAAGCUCUGACCCCUCAGCAGUAGUCUCUGAGACAGGGGUGGGAAAACUAUGGCCCAUGGGCCGCUUCCGGCCCAUCAGACGUUUUUAUCCAGUCCUCGAGCUCCCGCCGGGGAGCAGGGUCGGGGGCUACCCUGCUCCGCCUGCCCGGGACUCCCCAGCCCCCGACUCACACUUCCCUUCAUGAGCACCAUCUUCCGGCACAUGGAGCGCCACACUGCGCAGACACGACUUCACUGCGCUGUUUCUGGGAUCAGAAACCCCCCCCCCCCACUACGCAGCAGCCCCCCCACACACACACACGCACAGCAGCACACCCAGUCCCCUCCUGGUCUCCUACGGCCCCACCCUCGAGAGCCUCGAAACUGCCCAGGGGCUGCACCUGUCCCAGCUAGGGUCCCUCCGCCCCUGUGGUGCCUGGUACGGCCACCGUGGAGUCAUUGCCAGCAUGACCCCUAGGAGUCCCCUGUAGAGCCCCCUCCUCAGUAACACUCCUUAUAGAGCCCCCCCAUGCUACACCCCACAGAGUCCCUCUCCCCCACUGGGCAUUCAUGGCCCCCCAUACAAUUUCCAUACCCAGAUGCGGCUCUCAGGCCAGAAAGUUUGGACCCGCCCUCCCCACACACACUCUGGGGGGGGCACGUCGUGCUGGUGCCACAAUGUCUGCUAGCUAAUCAAGAGGGCCAAGACAUUGCUAGUUGAACACGUGACAGCAGCUGAAUGGAGCUGAGGUGCAUUUCUGCUCUUCCCGGCAGAGGAGACUUUAGCUAGCCAGGGCAGGUGAUGCAGGGGGUAGACAGGGCCUUCGGGAAGGCUCAAUUCUAGAGGAGCUUUGUUGCCCGGGCCCUGGAGGCACCUGCCCAGCCUGUGGGGAAUUGCCCCUACAGCAGCUAGAGGGGCCUGGAAGGAACUGGGGACUGAAGGGGUGAAGGGAAGCAGUGGGCCAGGGGUAUUAUGGAGCAUGUUCCACCCUCACGCCUGGCUGUGCUUUGGUUUCCUUAGGAACUGAAUUGACAUCUGAAGCUAGAAUUUGGUUCAAUGUUUAUUCCGGCAUUUUUGUGGUGCCAGUUUUAAUUUCUUGCGUGUCUCACCUUCCAGUCAGAGCUCUGAGGCUCCCGCAGCGGCAGCUUCCCAUCACGGCCCCUGUGUUAAACACCUGGCUGCCCUGGUUCUAAGACCUGCUGGGAAACUCACUUCCAGCCAUUGCACCUGGGACCUGCACAUCCCUGGGUUCACUUUCUGAAGGCCCAGCACCAUGCCAUGAUUUAGCAGUGGCUCGGGACUCUGGGGGUGGUUAAAGUGGCAGAGGCCCCCAUCACAUCCAAGGAAUUUGCCUGGCUCAGAGCACCUCCCCGGAGAUGAUGAGGUAUUGCUCUCCAUAGCCUCCCCAGGCCAGGAAGGUUUGCUUGGAUCCAAGCUGCUGUUUGCUCAGCCCAGUUCUACCCCGUCACAAAGUUAGUGAAACAAGCAAUGCCUUUCCCCAGUCGACUAUUCUCGCUCAGGAAAAGUUUAUCCCUUUGCAAAAGGAUUUAAUCCCUAUUCUUUUCAGAGAUGGGCUAGAUCCAAACCUCUGAUCCCAACAGAACCAGACUUUGGGGCCCAUCCAGCACCACCAGUGGCCCAGGCCCAUCUCUAACCUCUUGGGCACAAACCAUUCUUUGUGGCCAACAGAAUAUGGAGUUUCUCUGACUCCUCUUUAAAUUUUCACAUUCUUAAACUAAGCCCCAGUGCUCAGCUGGGGAGAACAGGCAGCACUGCCUCCUGUCAAACUUCUUUAUUUAUCUGAAAUAAGAGCACACAAUUUUGUACCCCACAGUGGAUGAUUUUCUGUUGGCAGAACAAGUCCUGUUCUGGGCUGUGGAUGCAGAUGGCUGUUUGCUGUGAUGGGAUUGUUACUGGAAUGAGCAAUUAUAUUUAGUUCAAUAUCAGCCUUAGGAGACAUCAGGGCUUAUGGUGAACCCUGUGUUAACUAUAGGUCCACAAACAAUCUCAUGCCUUGAACAUGAGACCAGCAUGCGCCAAUGAACUGACCACAGACCUGGAAGCCAGGAACUCCUGCCUUCAAAGCUGAGUCUGCCACUUACCUCGUCAGGACAACGGAAAUAACCAGAGUGCCUCCGGUGCAACUCCAGGGGGGCCAGCGUAGCGUAAAAGUGGUUGGAGCGAGAGGGAAUCGGUCGCGUGAGCCUGAAAUCUGACACAAACCGUUCGGUGACAAUGAUCCACUGGG